GAAGCUCGAGCGCAUUCGACUCUUGCCACGUGCGCGCGCCGGCCAAUAGGCAUUGAUCACGUGACUCGGCCGAGGACUUCUUCCUUUUCACGUGCAGCGCCGAGCCUACGGCUGGGAGCAAUGGAGGAAUACGCCCGGGAACCCUGCCCCUGGCGGAUUGUGGAUGACUGUGGUGGUGCCUUCACUAUGGGGAUGAUUGGUGGGGGUGUAUUUCAGGCAAUCAAAGGCUUCCGCAAUGCUCCAGUGGGUGUCAGGCAUCGGUUCAAAGGCAGCAUCAAUGCUAUCAGAGUCAGAGCACCACAGAUUGGAGGGAGCUUUGCAGUGUGGGGUGGGCUUUUUUCUACCAUUGACUGUGGUCUGGUGAAGAUGCGCGGCAAAGAGGAUCCUUGGAAUUCCAUCACAAGCGGGGCGCUCACUGGGGCCGUAUUAGCAUCACGCAGUGGGCCGUUGGCCAUGGUAGGCUCUGCUAUGAUGGGAGGCAUCUUGCUUGCCCUGAUAGAAGGUGUUGGGAUUUUGUUAACAAGAUAUACAGCCCAGCAGUUCCAGAACCCCAAUCCUUUUGGAGAAGAUCCCAGUCAGCUGCCUCCCAAGGAUGGUUCACCUACAGGAUAUACAGGCUAUGGACAUUAUCAGUGAACCAGUGUGGGGACAGGAUCACUUCUAUUUUUGGCAGGGAUGGGACAAGAUUUUUCCCCUGGAAACCAAGACAUUCACCCAAGAGUGCAAACAAAGCAUGGAAGGGAUUUGGUUCCUGGAGUUAUCUUUUAAGUUGUGGGGGGGGGCAUUGGGGGGAUUGAGCUGUAUAAUAUCUACCUCUAUGAGGGGCUAAGAAGCUUGCAGUGAUAAAAUGAGGUGGCCCAGGAUUGAUUCCAUACACUGAAGGAACCAAAGCUUAUUAGGAGAACUUGGAAUCCUAGGAUGAUAUUUGCCUGACGAUCUGGGGUGUGCAAUUACAGUUAAAUGACUCUGGCAAAUUUUAAAGGGCUGUUUUCCUGGCUUUCUGGUGGAGGGGCUCCUCCAGUUUUCUCUGUUGGUAGGAAGUCUUAAGUUGUCUUUUAAAGAUCUGUAAACGAAGUGUGUUUUCCCAGACCUUGCAUGAAAGGGUGAUUGUAACAAGGGGAAGCUGUGUCACUAAAGCAAUUACCACAGUCCCCUGGGUGAAGAUAUCCUCUGAUGAGCCUCUUCGUUGUAGGUCAGGUCCCCAUGUGCUGUUGAGCCAGAGUAAGAGAUGCUGCUACCCUGAGUCCUCACCCUUUUCCUGUGUUUAAUAGUACUCUUUGCUGGUUGCUUAGGUUUGAAAAAACAAAGUGGGAAUGAUGGUUGGUCAAAACAAAACAGGGUUCAUGGUCUUGACUCAGCUUACAAGGGUGUCAGGUUGUGCAGGCCUCCCCUGGAACCAAGUUUUAUUCCAAUAAAAUGCUGCGUCAGUUCCAUCUUUAGAACAACUAACCAGGACAGGCUGGCAGAACAGAGUGUGAUUCAGCCUCUUAGUUGCCUAAAAUGCCAUCUAGCAUAUUGAAACAGUGCUCUAGUUGCGGAUACUGAACCGUCCAAAGUUCUUUUGAGAUCCAAAUCAACAUUGAUUUAGACAUUACACCUCCCUCCCCCGCCCACCUAAGCCAAGCCACUUCUAGUCCUGCAAUAUAAUUUUGGUUCCAGCUUUAUACGCUUGGCCUUUGUGGGCUAAGGACCCCAAUUCACAGUGCAAAAGACCUAUUAAGAGAGGAUUAAAAUUCUAGUUUAAAAAAUGUGUUGUAUCCUCCUAAUGAGAAUCGUGAGAUUGGCUCUUCAUAAAAUAGACCCAGUAGUGCAUACUCCAGCCUGAAGAUCUCCUGAUAUUGGGGCAAUUUGUAUUUCAAUAUCAUUUUAAAGAAAAACUGUAUUAUGUUACAGAUGUAAAUACAAAACGGGCUUUUUUGCAUCUGUCCUGGAAAAUUUAAUCAGCCAUUUGACAAAAGUGAUAGUUGUAUGGGAAAUGUCCCAGCAGUGUUGCAUGAGGAAACUUUAGAAGCAUUUGAACCAACUUGCUCCACUGUUUCUAAGAAAAAAUAGGGCUGAAUCUUUCUUCUGUUAAUGAAAGAUCUUUGAUUCUGUUUCCCUUAACAAAGAGCAGCACUGUCUCCUGUAAAGUCACAGUGCAGCCAGCAGUAUACUCUGUUUCACCCUGAUGUUUUGUCCUCUCCAGUGGACAAAAAGUUUGCGUACCCCCUUAGCAUUCAUCAUGAAGUUGGUGAUGAUUACAGUAUUUGAAAUCUGUCAUGACCUCUUCAGAGAUGGGUUCUCCAUUGUAACAGCCUUUAAUUCCUGGGGUGGAUCUGAAAAGCAAACCAAGAUAAAUGGUAAAAUGGAAAUUAA